CACAUUCAUCGUCUAUUGGCCGUUUUGGGGAGCAGAUCUAGCCUUUUAUUCAUCCCGACGCUCCGGCCCAUGCGCACCUUCCUCUCCCUCCUCUCGUUUCGGAGCUACGCGCCGUGGUCUGCCACACGCGACUGGGAUGGAUCAGCACGGAGGAACCCUCACUCGCUCGGCAGUUCCGACAAUCUCUUAACGUCAUUUAAACCGGAGAUUUAAAUAGCUUUCCACAAGGCCUACGGCUAUAUUCUUUAUUUUUCGCAUGGGCGCAAUUGUUUUUAGAACAGAGAUGCAGUGACUCAGCCGUCAAACUUGAACAGACUCAAUAUAUUCAAGCUUCUCUAGAAACCGUAGCAUGGAUCACCUCAUCUCUGCACAAUACGUUAUGUGUCCAACUAGAAGCCAAGCUAACACGAUGAAAUGGAUGCUCUUCGUGCUGUCAUGAUGCAUGACGAUAUCCAACAAAAAUUUCAUGGGUGGUCCCGCCAAAUCCCGACUCUAGAAGAUCUGGAGCUAGAAUGCUGGAUUUGAAGGCAAACAACGACUUUCAUGUUGCUUGGAGCGAUGAAUGCCAGGCUGUCUCCAGACAUGACACACCGCUUAGAGACAUCAGCAGUGUUUCAAUGUGUGCGUGCACAUCCUGCCUUCUGUGUCGGUGUGUUACCACUGAGCUGUGACCGCUAGUACUGGUGAGGUGAUGGACAACAAACACUACCUCCAAAGCUCAUCUGAGGCGGAUGGCUCCAAUCACAAUUCAGGAACCUCCCUAGUCAUCAAAUGGAUCUCACUGUCUCCACUGAGCUACCUGAGGGCCGGUAGCACAAAGCUCAAGGUGGUGAGCUUCCUGUUUGGCCUGACGUUGUCCUUCUUCAUCGUGGCUUCCUACAUCCUGACGUGGGACAAGACAGGAAUUCUGAUCACUCCGGCCCCCUCCCCGCUGAGGCCCUCCCUGGACAUGAGGUCCCUGUUGAGGAACAUCCUAUUCAAACUGGACUACACACCCAGGAGAGUCCCAGACGAGAGAGAGGUUAUUGGCUCAGACCCAGAGUUGUUUUCCGCGAUUCCUCAACGGUUCCUUCCCCAGGUCAAGAACCCGUGCUGGCUGGCCGAGUAUUUGAGCGAGCCCGGCGCCGACCCUUAUCGGAGGAACCUGUUCACGCUGCGCUCUAAGAGCUUCAAAACAGUCUGUGACAACAUGAGGACUAGCUUCCAGGGACACCUGCACCACAGAGACGGCAAAGUGUACCGGCUGCGCUGCUUGCCGUACUUCUACAUCAUCGGUCAGCCGAAGUGUGGCACCACCGACUUGUUUCACAGACUGCGGCUGCACGGGGAGAUUAAGUUCACCACCAUGAAGGAGCCCCACUGGUGGACAAGGAAACGCUUCGGUUAUAUUCGUUUUAAAGAUGGCCUGAAGGCUCGUUUCCCUUUGGAAGAUUACCUGGACCUCUUUGACAUGGCAGCCCAUCGCAUCCAGGAACAUAUGCUCGCUAAUUCAUCCACUGAAAAUAGCGAAGUUCAAUUCAUUACAGGCGAGGCAAGUGCAUCCACAAUGUGGGAUAACCAAGCUUGGAGCUAUCUCCAUGGAGACAAGGAGGAGGCAGAACCACUGUUACUGGCCCAAGACUUCAUCCACACGGUUCAGCCAAAUGCCAAAAUAAUCAUCAUGCUUAGAGAUCCAGUAGAGAGGCUAUACUCAGACUACCUGUACUUCAAAGUAGCAAACAAGUCCAUGGAGGACUUCCAUCAGAAGGUCAUCGACUCACUGCAGUUAUUUCAGGCCUGUCUAUUGAACAGCACUCUUCGUUACUGUGUCUACAACACCGACCUCUCCAACGCAAUGCCGGUAAGGCUGAAUCUGGGUAUGUACGUUGUCUUCCUUCUGGAUUGGUUCACAGUUUUCCAAAAAGACCAGAUCCUUAUUCUUCCAUUGGAGGAGUACGCAGCCAACCUUGGCGCGACGAUACAGAAAGUGUUUGAAUUUCUAAAUGUUGGCUCUCUGUCAGAGCAGGCGGCGGCGGCAGUGACCAGGCGGCCCAUGUCGAACGCCCGGCGGGCGGCCGACAGGAGACUGGGCCCCAUGCUGAACGCCACCAGGGCCCUCCUCAGGGACUUCCACCGGCCCUUCAACAGCAAGCUGGCCCGCCUGCUGGACCACAAGGCCUUCCUCUGGACAGACGUGUGACGGCAGUGGGAGGGACUCUAGGCAAACGCCUCCAUUCUGAUGAACUGUUCUCUGCUGAGAAGGAUCCUCAUACCGUGGCCAACAGACAGAUCCCAGAUCUGAGUUUAGUUGGAUAUGACAGAUUUCACAGGACAGUGAUGCCCUUCACAUUCGAAAGCAUUCAGUGUUACGUAGAUCAUGGGUGUCAUGAAUGUUCUCUUAAUGAUUGUUUGUUUGAUUUAUUAAAAUAGUGAAACUGUCUUUAUGCUGAUUUUGGCACUG